AUGGAGCUCAUCGAGGACGGUGCGUACCAGGCGGUUCCUCUGUUGACCGGGUUCAACAACUUGGAGUCGAUACUGUUAAUAAUGCAGGAGGACGUCACUCCCAGCCUGUACGACACGUUCAACGAGCACUCGAACUAUUUGGUGCCGAUGGCAUGGAACAUCUCGAAAGGUAGUUCCGAUGCUGGUGUCAUUAGUGAGACAUUCGCGCAGUUCUACUGGCAAGGCCAGACGCUUGGACCGGAGUUGUUGGAACAAUUCUCCUUGUACAUGACCGACGCAAUGUUCGCGAUCGGUGUACUAGAGAUAGCGAAACUGCAUUCAACCCGGAUGCCGGUCUACGUCUAUCACUUCAGCUACGACGGUGACCUGAACCUGUUCAAAAAGCCACUGGGCGUCUCAAUACCGGGUGCGGUACACGGGGACGAGCUUUACUACAUGUUCGACGCGAAGACACUUAUGAGCGAACAACUUCCCGUCACUGGCCAUGCGCUCACGGUCCGCAAGCGAAUGCUCCGACUUUGGACUAACUUUGUCAAGUAUGGAAACCCAACUCCGGUAGUGGAUCCCGUGCUGCAGAACAUUGUGUGGCCACAGCUUGACGGCGACACGGUCAAUGUCGUGCUAAACAUUGACCACGAUCUGAUGCUCGGACCGAAUCCUAUCGCUUCCCGCUACGAACUGUGGCAGAGUUUGGCGCAAAG